CAUUUCCGCAUGUCGUUGGCAGCCUAGAGCCGCGCUCAUGGGGGACGGAGCGGCUCCUCUGUUUACGUUCGGCGUGAUCGCUGACAUUCAGUAUGCCGACAUGGAUGACGGUUAUAACUACCACGGCACGAGGAAACGCUACUAUCGGAACAGCCUGCGGCUCCUAAGCGACGCGGUCAGGUGGUGGGAGGAAGGAGAGGAGCGGGAGCGGAGGCCCGGCUUUAUCCUCCAGCUCGGGGACAUCAUCGACGGCUUUAACAGGCGACACUCCGCGUCUAAGAGAGCGCUGCAGACCGUCUUGGACGAGUUCAGCAACUGCUCGGCCGAAGUGCAUCACGUGUGGGGCAACCACGAGUUUUAUAACUUCAGCAGAGACGAGCUGUUCAACUCCGUCCUCGACAGCCGGGAUAAAGGCGAGGGCAGCAUGGAGGAGGUGUACGCUUACCACUUCAGCCCUGCUCCCAAAUUCCGCUUCGUCGUGCUCGAUGCCUACGACCUGAGCAUUAUAGGGAGAGAUGAAUCGAGUGAGAGGUACAAGCAGUCGAUGAAGAUCAUCCGAGAGCACAACUCCAACGAUGAGCUGAAUGAGCCAUCAGUUUCAGCCUUUUCUAUGCUGGAAGGAAGGUUUGUGAAGUUCAAUGGAGGAUUCAGCCAAGAACAGCUCGACUGGUUGGACAGGAUCUUGGUCAGCGCGGAUGAGAAAGAGGAAAAAGUCACCAUUGUGUGUCACAUUUGUAUUCAUCCUUUCUCUACCUGCUCUAUUUGCCUUGCAUGGAACUAUGACAAGAUCCUGUCCAUUCUGAACUCUCAUAAAAGUGUGGUGUGUUUCAUGGCUGGACAUGAUCAUGACGGGGGCUACUGCAGAGAUGAAUAUGGUGUUCAUCACCUCACGCUGGAGGGGGUUAUCGAGACCCCUCCAGGGAGUAAUGCUUUUGGGACUGUGUAUGUAUAUGAAGACAGAAUGGUCCUAAGAGGAAGGGGAAGGACAUCGGACAGGGUGCUGAUGUAUCGAUAAGGCACAUGUUCAUCGUGUUGCCCAUGUGCUCUUGUUUUGUUAAUAUAAAGGAUAUAACUAAGAAAAUAUGCUACAAAUAUAUAUUUUUUACAUGGUGAUGGGAAAACCUCAAACAAUGCCUUUGAUUAUUUAGUAUUUUGGGGCAAAAUACUGUGAUCCUUUGCUGACUUAUAUCAUGUGCAUAAAAAUAUUUUGCAAAAGUUUAUUUUAUACAAACAUAUGGGUGGGAAGUGAAUAAAUAUGAGUAUGUGUUUGUUUUGUUAAUAAUAAAUUAAUAUAUUAAUUUAUUAAAGAUAUAUAUUUAUAUGGUGUUGGGAACAUGCCAAACAUCAGUGGUGUGAUUUUUUUUUUUUUCAUUUAUUUAUUUAUAUUUUAGCACUAAAUACUGUUUAAUACUAAAUACCCAAAUCUACAUCUCAAUUUUUGUCUGAUCUAAGUGAACUGCUUACAAUGAAUGGCCUUAUCCAUCUGUUGUGCUGUCAUAUUACACUAAUUGCUCACUAUGAAUGUUUUGGUUUUGUCCAGCAUGUUGAAUUCCCUACUCAUAGUCAUGGUCAUAUACUACACUCAUUAUGUCGCACUGGUCUCAAAAAUGUUUCUGUUACUGGUUCCUUUGUUGGUUUUACUGCCCAUAAGCCCAUUAAAAGUUAUCUCAGGACUUGAUGGUGAUAUCCAGAUCUACAUAAGCACUGCAUCCCCUGCAGCUCAGUCACCAAGUACAUGCAUUACAGAUUUAAAACACUGGUUGGGCGAUAAUCUUUUGAAACUAAAUGCAGACAAAACUGAAGUCUUGUUAGUUGGUCCUAAAACACUGGUUUACAUCUUCUCCAGUCUGUGAAUGUAAAUGGUAUUUUUAUUAAAUCAGUUCAAGUGAGA